AUGUUGCAAAGAGGAAGUUUUUUCUACGUUCUGGUGGGUCUCGGUAGUUUUUUCCUGCUGUUUUUGAUGCUCAACGAGAGAUUUGGCAGCCAUUUAGUGCAUCAAAUGCAGCCAGCGGCCGCUGUGCCAAACACAAAGCAAAAGAAAAUCGUACCAAAAGCGCAACCUGCAAAGAUUCAGAAACCAGUUGAGGUACUGUUAUUGCCAGAUACUGCGGGUGUUAAGAAGAAACGUGAACCGGCAUCGUCUGAAAAAAUUCUGGCUCAAAUCAUCAGUACGCAAAGAAAAUUGAUCAGCAACGAGAUGAAAGGCUACGAAUAUCCCGAUGGAAAAUAUAAUAUAAGUGCCAAUAAACUCGAUGAUUUGGUGAUGGAAAAAAAUGGAAGACCGGUCAGAAGUUUGAUCGUAACAACGUGGCGAAGUGGAAGCACGUUUUUUGGCGACAUUCUUAACGCACAUCCGGCAAAUUAUUAUCACUACGAACCUCUGUUGGCUUUCGAAAUCGUUCAAGUUCGUGGUCCUCCUGUAGCUGCGAAGGCUUUGAAGUGGGUCAAGGAUUUGCUUAACUGCGAAUACCAAGAUCUAGGUGAAUAUAUCGACUACGGAAAACCACAUCCGUGGGUUUUUAGUCACAAUACUAAUUUGUGGAAGCAGUGCCAAGCUCACAAAGGGGUCUGCUAUAACCACAAAUUUCUCAGCUCGAUGUGCAAGCUCUUUCCAUUCCAAUCGAUGAAACUUGUACGACUAAGGCUACGAAUUGCUCGAGAGCUUCUUGCCGAUGAAAAAUUAGCCGUACGGAUCGUGCUGUUGGUGCGAGAUCCUCGCGGGAUUCUUCAGUCACGAAAACAUCGAGACUGGUGUCCUUCAAGUCCUGAUUGUUCCGAUCCAGCUUUGACGUGCGCGGAUCUGGUCUCAGAUUACAAAGUUGCUGUGGAACUGCUCAAGAAAUACCCAACCAGAUUCAAGGUGAUACGAUACGAGGACCUUUCUCUGGAUCCGUACAAACACGUCGAAGAACUUUACAAGUUUUAUGGACUCAACCUUCACCCGAAAACGAAAAAAUUUCUCGAAUCUCAUACCAAAGCCAACAAGGGUGGAGUGUCGAGUACUUUCCGAAAUUCAGCGACUGCUCCGUUUCAUUGGAGAACGGAAUUGGAAUUCAAGGAAGUCGAAGAAAUACAACAAUUCUGCUCAACUGCAAUGAAAUACUGGGGUUACGUUCCGGCAACGAACGCUACUCAUCAAAAAGAAUUCAACCCUGUUACAAACUACACGUUAAAAUUGUAGCUGGUUUUAUUUUUCUCCCCGUUCUAGUAAAAGGAAUUUCGAAAACAUUGACAGACUGCAAUUUCUAAGGGACAUUCGAGAGGAUCUUCAAUGAAACAGUGUUUCUA